AUGUCAAACAAACGAGCCCUUGAUAUUCCCCAAUCGCAGUACAAUCUGUCAAAAAAGAAGUUGCUGAAGAAGCCUUGGAGGAUGUUCUCGCGGGACAGGCAGAUGUCUGGCCUGGCACCCGUCUACAUGCCGACUGCAGACGAGCUGAAGCAAGUUUUCAACAAGUUCGAUUCCAACAGAGAUGGCCUUGGGGAAGAGGAAUAUGGUGAGGACGAAGUGCAGAAGAUAUUCGAGGUUGCAGAUUUGGAUGGGGAUGGUUUCAUCGACUUGAACGAGUUUGUGGAGAUGCAGAAGAAGGAUGGUGGGGUGAAGACUGUGGAUCUGCACCGUGCCUUCCAGGCCUUGGACAAGGAUAGCGACGGGAAGAUCACGGUGGAGGAGGUGUAUGAGCUGCUGCGGAGGCUCGGGGAGAGAUGCAGCCUACAAGACUGCCAGAAAAUGGUCCGAGCUGUGGAUGCAAAUGGAGAUGGUGUGAUCGACUCGGAUGAGUUCAUCACCAUGAUUAGAUACUAGUAGUGUAGUAAAUACGUGAAUCAGUUUGGAUGCGAUUUCAAGUAUUUUGUGUAUUAUUUCAUCGAUAUGUGUAAUUAUAUACUAUGUUUGUAUCUGUGCUUGCUUUGGUAUGAAUCUAAACUUAGCAAUU